GAAGAGAACCUGCCAGCUAUGAAUACUGAUCCUUGGUAUUCUGCCUAUCACUAUUCUCAUUCUCCUUUGUUGAAAGACUUGCUGCAAUCGAUGAACUUGACAAGAAGGAAGAUUGAAAACGAACACAGGCUACCUAAAGCCAGUGAAUGCACUUUCUAGUCCAUUUUAUACUCUUUUUAACUUGAGCAUUUUCAAGCUUUAGAAAUCGUUGGUUUUGAGUUUCGCCAUACGAGUCCUGUUGAAAUUGACAUUUCUCUGUUCUGGUAUUAAAUUCCACACCUAACAAAGGUAAGGCUGAGUUAUGGGGAUUUUCUGAGUUAGGUAAAAAAAAUACAAAAAUGAACAGGAAAUAGCUUAAUGUAACUGAGUUGCUUUAUGUAUUAUUCUUCUGCAUGCUUCAUGUCAGUUUUUCAAAAAUGAAAACGAAAACACUUCUUGUCUGCCAUGUUGUAUCCUGACUUUCCUAAUCAAAGGGGCAUAUCUUGUUCUUUACAAGUACUUUUCAGAUAUUCCUAGGUAGUAGUCAUACUUGUGUGGAGCUGGUGAGACUUGUGGGUUGAGUGACGUUGAGCAUAUAUAUAUAUAUAUAUAUUUUCUAAUGUUUGUUGUGCAGAUUGGCAAGCUGGUACAUAUUGUGAAGGAAUUUUUUGUUUGGUGGGUUGAGAUGAGUGUAAGCAUAUAUUUUGUAGUGUUUUAUGUGUGAGUUGAGUGUGUGGGUUGAGUGGCUAAGGACUAUAUUGUGUGUUUGUUCUCAACCUGUUUUGUUCUUUCCUUUUGGUUUUCAUUGGUGGUUGUUAUACUAUUCAAAAUGGGUCUCUCAUGUGUUCAACACCCCCAUAAACCCUGUUAUGUGGCGGUUGAACAUGUGUAAUCCUAUGUUUGAGUGGUUAGUUCUAGUAUGGAGCUUAUUUUAUUUAUUAUUUUUUUUGGUUUUCUUUUUUACUGAUAUCAACUUCUUUAUGUUGCCUUUCAGAUUGAACUGAAGACUGGACCAGUUGAUUUUUGAUUUCCUACAACCAAUUAGACCAGACACUGUUUCACUCACUACAUUGAGUUUCACAGGCACACUUUUUUAGUAUUAUAUCAUUUUGAGGCAUUCAUGAAUGAAUGGGCUCUAUAUGAAGAGUUUUAAACAUCUUACCAACUUAUUGUAGAACUAAGUAAUUGCCUUUUUAUUUUUAUUUUUAUUCUUCAAUCAAAAACUGCAG